AUGGAGAAAGUAAAUAAGGAACUGACGCUGGUGGCUUCUACGGAUGAUGUUUAUUCUUGUUCGAUUGCUACUUCGCAUGUGCGCGAAAGGGAGUUGAGGGAGAAGGAUGCAGGGAAAGAGGGAAGAGACGAAUAUUUGCAAGAUGAGGGGUUGGGGGAAAAUCAACAGGUGAGAGAUGAGGAUUUGGAAGUUAAUUAUUUUAAGAGUGUACAAUGGACACUCGAUGGGACAACCCUCCUAACAUCCUCCGCCGACAACAAAAUUCGCACUUUUAUUCUCCCACCUACACUCCUAGAUGAUGCUUCUUCCCCACUAUCCCUCUCUCCCUAUACAACCCACACCUAUCCCACCCCCGUAAACUGUAUCGCCACAUACCCACACUUUACCCUCUCAGACCCCAGCACAACCCUCUACCUAAGCUGUGCGAAUUCCCUCCCCAUCCGACUCUGCAACAUCCUCUCCCCCUCUUCCACCCCUCAAGCCUCAUACAAUCUCAUCUGUCCCACCACCGAAAAAUACCUCACUCCCUCCUCCAUCCUCUGGAGCACCCCCGGAACCCACUUCCUCACCGGAACAGAAUGUCUCAUAUCCCAGUUCGACAUCUCUCAUCCCGGCUCAGGACCCCUCACCAAACUCCCCACUAUCCCAUCUAAACGCCACAAAAUGAAAGGUGGUGGUGUAGGUAUGCGUGGGAUUGUAAGUGCAUUGUCUUUACAAUCUUCGCUGGAUGGGAAUACCGGUUCGAGUAUGAGUAUGUUAGCUGCGGGGACGUGGACACGAUGGGUGGGUUUAUAUGAUGCGAAUGGAUUGGGGGGGACGGUGGGGACGUGGAAUAUUUCCUCCGCGGCGGAUGCUGAAGCGGAGAUAGGGGGGCAGGGAAUUAGUGAGUUGGGGUGGAGUGCGUGUGGGAGGUAUUUGUGGAUUGCGGAACGGAAGAGUAGCGGGGUUUUGGUGUAUGAUGUGAGGGUUACGGGGAAAUUGGUUAGUUGGUUGGAGGGGAGGGAGGCGGAGACGAAUCAGAGGUUGGGGGUUGGUUGUUUUGAGGGGGAGAAGGGGAUGGAGAUUUGGGCUGGGGGUACGGAUGGGACGGUGAGGGUUUGGGAGGGGGUUGGAGGGAGGGAGGGAGCUGUUGGGUGUGAUUGGGAGUGGAAGGCUCAUGAUGGUUCCACAGUAUUACAUCCAUCCGGAACAGUAGUAGCGACAUGUUCAGGUCAAAGAGCCGAAACAAACAUUAAUGCUGCUGAUGAUGAUACAUCUAUAAACGCAGGAGAAGAAAGCUCCGAUGAUGAAAGUACUUCAGAUUCACAGAAACCUUAUUCUGCGAUACGCAAAACUAAAAGCAGAACACUAGAUAAUAGUUUAAAAGUAUGGAGUUUAUAA